UUUUUGCAAAGAGCCGUUGCAGAUUGAGCAAGUCAGUCAGUCAUCUGAGAGCUGCUGAAGACAUGAAGGGACCGCUGUUUGUGGAGCUUCGCAACGGGGCCAAGAUGCCCAUCCUGGGCCUGGGCACAUGGAAGUCCGAACCAGGCAAAGUGACAGCAGCCGUGGAGGCAGCUUUAGAUGCGGGGUACAGGCAUUUGGACUGCGCCUAUGUGUAUCAGAAUGAGAGCGAAGUCGGAGCGGGCAUUCAGAAGAAGAUCAAAGAGGGUGUCGUGAAAAGGGAAGACCUUUUCAUCACCAGCAAGCUAUGGUCCACUUUCCAUGCGAAGUCUCUGGUGAAAGGAGCCUGUCAGUUAACACUUGCUGAUUUGAAGCUUGGUUACCUGGACCUGUAUCUGAUCCACUGGCCAACAGGAUUUAAGGCUGGAGAUGCAUUAUUUCCCACUGAUGAUCAAGGACUUGUGGUCCAAAGUGAAACGGACUUCUUAGACACAUGGGAGGCAAUGGAGGAUCUUGUGGAUGCUGGGCUGGUGAAAGCCAUUGGAAUAUCUAACUUCAACCAUGAACAAAUUGAGCGGUUGUUGAAUAAGCCAAACUUGAAACACAAACCAGCUGUCCACCAGUUUGAAUGUCAUCCUUACCUAACCCAGCAGAAGCUUAUCGAUUACUGCCAGUCCAAAGGCAUUGCAGUGACUGCUUACAGCCCCUUGGGAUCUCCAGACCGACCCUGGGCCAAGCCAGAGGAUCCAUCCCUAUUAAAUGAACCAAAAAUCAAAGAGAUUGCUGCUAGACAUAAGAAGACAUCUGCCCAGGUUCUGCUCCGCUUCCCUAUUCAGAGGAACUUGGUUGUUAUCCCAAAAUCUGUAACUCCUCAGCGCAUUUUGGAGAAUUUUCAGGUGUUUGAUUUUGAACUGUCUAAGGAAGAAAUGAAAGAGAUAAUGAGCUUUGAUCGGGGCUGGAGGGUCUGUGCAUUGUCUACAGCCAGAACACAUAAGGAUUAUCCGUUCAUUGCUGAGUAUUGAGUGGAUGUGUCUCUGGUAAAAGCCAUGGUUGUGUUCUUGCGUUUCCUAAUUGAUGUCUAGCCUUUGUUAUGUAGAACGCAUAGUUCAGCAGUAAGGAGUGAAGCCAAGGGAGGGACUGCAUCAUUUGACUGAUCCAUUUCUCCAAAAACAAAAAGUGCCUCACUCAAGAAUACAUGAUUGCAAGUUGGCAGGUCGCCUUAACAUCAUUUCUAUAACAAACUGAGCAAAAACUACCUGUUUAUUUUACAGCCCUCACUCCAUUCUUUUUGCACUUGAAGGGUUAAUUAAAGCAGUCAUAUUGAAAUUUGAGCAACAUGCUGUCACCACACUCCAGAUUACUACUCCUGCAAGGAAAGCACUUGCCAGCAACUCCUCUGACAGCCGUUAUUUAGAUUUGCUUUUCCAAAUGCAUACAAUAAACUUGGCUUUUCAAAUUGUUUCAUUUAACAUUUUCUUUAAUAAUAAAAAAAACUACUUGUA